GCGGCCCGUUACAACAACCCGUGGUGAAGUGUUUCCGAGACAGGGGCUGUAUACAAAAGGAGAGCCAUCCCAUCGACCUUGAUAAGAACUGGAACAGCACACAUCAACACCACAGAUUAAUGAACGCAUCACUGCAUACGAUAACAGAACAACAAAAACCAUCAAAACCUUAAAAUUGUCCUUUUUUGCAGUUUCCAUUCUUAGCGCAGAUUUAUACACACCAUGUCGUCCAUCCUUCUCCAGCACGCCACCAUUAUCGUCCCCGCGACGGGGAGUGAUGAAUUUUCCAUCCUACGCGACCACGCCUUGUUGAUUGAGGGCAGCAAGAUCACUCGUAUUGCUGCGCAGAUUGAUCCGCCACUUGAUACCACUGAGGUUAUCGACUGCACCGGCAAGAUCGUAUCUCCAGGCUUCGUUGACACUCAUCAUCAUCUCUGGGGAACACAGUUGAAGGGCCGUCAUGCCAACGACACAAUGCUAGAUUUCAUGUUCAAAGGCGUCCUUCAAAGUUCCAACUUCACUGCAAACGAUGUUUUCUGGGGCCAGCUCGGAGGUUGUCUGGAGGCUCUCGACGCCGGCACAACCACGGUUGUCGACCACGCGCACGCAAUUUACUCUCCGGAGCAUGGAUCUAAUGCUCUCUCAGCAACGGUAUCGUCGGGAAUCCGCUCAGUCUUUUGCUACGCACCUGUCUCGCGCGUGACAGGCUGGCAGCCACUCGCCUUUGACUGGGAGAUGCUUCCCGACUGGCUAGUUAACCAACUCGAGGAACUGGCACGCGGCGGGCCCUACGGUGAGGGACGCGUAAACAUCGGCCUCGGCUUUGAUGCUCUCUAUAUCCCCAAGGAGUCUGUUGUUGGUCUGUUUGAACGGGCGCGUGCCGCGGGUGUCAAGCUCAUUACCAUGCACUACGCCCGAGGACCCAUCUUUGGCCAGUUCUCAGUUGUCGAUACCCUGUCCUCGUACGGGCUCUUGGGCCCGGAUCUGCUCUUUGCCAACGCGAUAGGUGCGUCGGCAUCAGAUGCUGAGAUCAUGGCCAAGGAGGGCAUUUCAAUCUCAUCUACUCCUGAGAGUGAGUUGCAGAUGGGACUGGGCAAACCGGUGUGGAACCGUGAUGACCUUAAGACGCUGAGCUCGCUCGGCAGCGACAGCCAGACGGUCAACUCGACCGACCUACUAUCACAGAUGCGUAUCGCACUGCAGACGGAGCGAGGCCGGAUUAACGAGGCGCUCCUCGACCAGGGCAAGGCGCCCAAGAAGUUGAGCGUUACGGUAGCCGACGUCUUCCGGCUUGCUACAAUUCAGGGCGCGCGCGCCAUCCGCUUGCAGGACCGCAUCGGCUCUCUCGAAGAGGGCAAGCAGGCUGACAUUGUCAUCUUCGACGCCCAGACCCCCGCUAUGACUUGCGCGGCCGAGCACGACCCUAUCGCCGCCGUUGUGCUGCAUGCUUCAGUGCGCGAUAUUGAGACCGUCAUCGUUGAUGGUCACAUCCGCAAGCGCAACGGCCGUCUGACUGCGCUGGCUGUCGAUGAAGCCAUUGCGGGUAUUGGGAAGAGUAGCGUCGAGUGGAAGGACGUCGCCGCCCAAUUGGUGCGUACUCGCGAGCGCAUCAAUGCCGAGACCGAAAAGAUCGAUUACGAGGCUGCUGCCCAAGCUUUUAUGGCCGUCACCGGUAUUGACAGUAACAAUCUUGUCUGAUCGUGUUUGAGAUAUCCUCUCUUUUUCUAUUGUUUCAAUUCCAUUUCAUGUUCUGGUUGCUUUGUUUCGCAAUCUCUCUGUGAUGUUAGGUAUAUAGAUCGGUUGUGCUUUGGUCUGAUAAGGAGGAAAAUUUUGAGGGCGUUUGAGAAUGUCCACUAGUUUGAAU